UUUUAAAGUGCUAUAUAUAAGAUUAUUGUGAAAAAAAUGUCCAAGAUUUUUCACUGACAAAAUAAUUUACUGUCCUACACAGGUAUGCAUCAGUGAACUUAAAGGUGGUUAAUCAGAACGCACAAUAAAGACGAUGUCUGAAACGGACCAUUUGAUAAAGAGAGACAAUUUAGUAGCCAGUGAGCACGAGAGGUCCUCCUUUGAUAGGAUAUGGAGGCCUUUAAUAGCUGAAAUGGUUGGUGUGACACUGUUCGUGUUUGUUGGAUGUUGUGCGUUUCUCAGUGGGGAAAUUACUAGUGUGGCCCUGGGUCAUGGGCUCACUUUUGCUCUACUUAUCAUGGGGUUAGGUGAAAUAAGUGGUGGACAUUUCAAUCCUGCCGUUACGUUGGGAGUCACACUGGCUGGCGGACUGCCGGUAGUCCUUGCUCCUGCUUAUAUCAUUGCACAAAUAGUGGGUGGGAUACUUGGCGCUUCGCUGGUCAGGGGUACUUUACCUAAAGGCGUAUAUUCUAUGAUAGGGGGAGGGGUUCACCACCUUGGAAAGUUUUAUAUCCCCGCCUCAGAAACAGUCGCAACAGAAAGUGUUGAGCCAGGCUGGGGGUUGCUGAUAGAACUGGUGUUGACUACAGUUCUAGUAUUCACAGUGCUGAUGUCAGCUGUAAAUCCGAAAACCAAGACUUCGUUGGCACCCCUGGCUAUAGGGUUCGCCGUGGCUGCGGACAUCAUGGCCGGAGUUCGGUUGACUGGAGCUUCCAUGAACCCGGCUAGAGCCAUUGGACCGGCCAUUGUGGCAAGUGCGGUUUUAGACGAUGCGUGGGAAUACCAUUAUAUUUACUGGGUUGGUCCGAUUCUCGGUGCCAUCUUGGCAGCUUUGUUAUACAAAUUAUUUUUCACUUCUGCGAAUCAACGUUGGAUAGCCCGGGCAGAAACGGUGUAAUAUGAAAAAGAUGUAAAGAUAUUUCAUAUAUCUGGCUGGAUUAGUAAUAAUUAAAGUUUGCACCACAAGGACUUAUUCUUCGGGAAUGUAUAUCAUUCACAUAUUCAUGGCACAUUGACAUAGCUACCUUCGGGCGCUCGAAGCAAGUUGACUCUGUGUUUGCAUUCUUGUCUGAAACAAAUCGUACAGUUAGAACAGGCACUAGGACCUCUGUCAGAAGGUCGGCACUUCAGUGAUAAGCCUCGGUGCCUUUUGAGCCACAAUGUGUAUGCCACUGCGACAUAAGAUGUAGAUUAGUACAAUUUUCCGUCUGCAUAAAAUAAAAGAAAUCAUAUGAGCCGCACCAUGAGAAAACAAACCAACAUAGUGCGUUUGCGACCAGCAUGGAUCCAGACCAGCCUGUGCAUCCGCGCAGUCUGGUAAGGAUCCAUGCUGUUCGCUAACGGUUUCUCUAAUUGCAAUAGGCUUUGAAGCGAACAGCAUGGAUCCUGACCAGACUGUGUGGAUGCGCAGGCUGGUCUGGAUCCAUGCUGGUCGCAAACGCACUAUGUUGGUUUUCUCAUGGCGCGGCUCAUAUGAUUUAUUUUAUUUUAAGCAGACGGAAAAUUGUACUAAUCUACAUCUAAUGCUCAUAUAAUAUCAGUAUAAUCGUAACAUUCAAUAUCUCUAAAGUAAUACGAUAAACGCCGUAAAAGCUGACGGCCGAAAUCAGAUGGUGCUAUUGAAUUGAACAGAACAUCAGAGCCAGAUACCCCGUAUGCAUGUCCCUUUUCAUCACUUGUCUACGCUAUUAUCUUUGCAAACUAUGCCAGGCAUGCUGAAGGUGUAUAUCGUUGCUUCUUUAUAUAUUGAUAAGACAAUGUUUAAUUUGAAAAUUCAGUGCAGUCAUGUUGAAAGUGUAUAUCGUUGCUUCUUUAUAUAUUGAUAAGACAAUGUUUAAUUUGAAAAUUCAGUGCAGUCAUGUUGAAAGUGUAUAUCGCUGCUUCUUUAUAUAUUGAUAAGACAAUGUUUAAUUUGAAAAUUCAGUGCAGUCAUGUUGAAAGUGUAUAUCGCUGCUUCUUUAUAUAUUGAUAAGACAAUGUUUCAUUUGAGCAUUCAGUGCAGUCAUGUUGAAAGUGUAUAUCGCUGCUUCUUUAUAUAUUGAUAAGACAAUGUUUCAUUUGAACAUUCAGUGCAGUCAUGUUGAAAGUGUAUAUCGCUGCUUCUUUAUAUACUGAUAAGACAAUGUUUCUUUUGAACAUUCAGUGCAGUCAUGUUGAAAGUGUAUAUCGCUGCUUCUUUAUAUACUGAUAAGACAAUGUUUCAUUUGAACAUUCAGUGCAGUCAUGUUGAAAGUGUAUAUCGCUGCUUCUUUAUAUAUUGAUAAGACAAUGUUUCAUUUGAAAAUUCAGUGCAGUCAUGUUGAAAGUGGAUAUCGCUGUUUCUUUCAUACUGAAGAACUGGGCAAAAAUCGAUUCUAUUAUCUUUCCUUGUUUAUUGAGAUCAACGCUAUACCUUGUUGUCUCCCUUCGACCGUCUAGCUAAAUAUCGAUCACUGUCGAAUAUUUUUUAGCGAGUGUUGCAGAUCGUUAUGGUUCGGCUAUCUCCGCUUAUCGUAUCACGGGAGGUGCCGAUCAUAAAAAAAGCAAGGAUUAUAGAUUAGAGAUCUACUGUAAAAACGUAGUGGGAAGGGUGAUUUAUUUUACACCAAUUUUAAGUACCGGUAAAACAACAACAGCAAAUAUAGUCAUCAACUUGGUUUAAUUCUGUUUCUCAAUAAUGUAAAAUACGGAACGGAAAAAAGUAAACACUACAUUAUUUAUUCUUUUAUUUUGCAUAGUCAAAGAGCUAUAAAAAGGUGUUUUAUACUUCUUUGGCAUAGUAUAUGAAAAUGUGAUCAACGCUACAUUAUCUUUGCAAACUAUGCCAGACAUGCUGAAGGUGUAUAUCGUUGCUUCUUUAUAUAUUGAUAAGACAAUGUUUCAUUUGAAAAUGCAGUGCAGUCAUGUUGAAAGUGUAUAUCGCUGCUUCUUUAUAUAUUGAUAAGACAAUGUUUCAUUUGAAAAUUCAGUGCAGUCAUGUUGAAAGUGUAUAUCGCUGCUUCUUUAUAUAUUGAUAAGACAAUGUUUCAUUUGAAAAUUCAGUGCAGCCAUGUUGAAAGUUUAUAUCGCUGCUUCUUUAUAUAUUGAAAAGACAAUGUUUCUUUUGAAAAUUCAGUGCAGCCAUGUUGUAAGUGAAUAUCGCUGCUUCUUUAUAUAUUGAUAAGACGGUGUUUCAUUUAAGAAAUAAUUUAUAGCAAAAGAGUGCUUUAACACUAUUUAUGCAUGAUGGGCGUUUAUACGUCGGGCGCAGCCCGAGUUAAAUUAAUUGUAAGACAUAUUACAGCCCGAGUGUAUAAAUAGUUAAAACACUCUUUUGUUAUAAAUUAUUUCGAUUCUAAUAUAAAACAGUAGAUAAAAUAUAGAAACGCUCUUUCUUCGUCGCAACAAAAACUAUGGCGUCACCGCAUAUUUACGUGACGUCAUUCUAGCGUAAGAGUCUGUGUGUUUUAACAGAGAUAAAUAUAUUAGAAUUGAAAAUUCAGUGCAGUCGUGUUGAAAGUAUAUAUUGCUUCUUCUUUAUAUAUUGUUAAAACAAUGUUUCAAUAAAGUGGUAUGCUUUGAAAAUUC